AUGCAAGGCGUAAUCCUGGAUUACAUUCGCACGCAGGAAACAAGGGAACUAAGGCAAAUGUUAAAAAAGAUAGCAUCAGGCCUUGACCGUACAAGUCUCACAUACCAUGAAGGCCCCUUCGGCUCCAGUCGUCUCCGAAAAGCCAUGGCUAGACUAAUUACUACCUACUUUCACCCUGCUUCGCCGAUCACAUUGGACAACAUCCUUUUCACAAGUGGCGUAACGAGCCUAAACGCAAUCUGUGCUCUCUGUCUAACCGAUCCUAAAGACGGGAUUUUACUGGGUCAGCCCAUCUACGGCUCCUUUAACGGAGAUUUCUCCGUUCCCUCCAGCUGCCAACUGAUCUACACUUCCUUCCAAGGGGGCGAUCCAUUCAGUCCAGGUGCUGUGAUUCGGUAUGAAGAAGCCUUUUUAAAAGCACGAGAUGAGUCCGGAGUAUCAGUCCGGGCUCUCCUAAUCUGCAACCCUCAUAACCCGCUCGGUCGAUGCUACCCGCGCGAGACUCUGGAGGCGCUCCUGCAGUUCUGUCAAAAGUAUCAGAUCCACCUUAUCAGCGAUGAGGUGUACGCGUUGUCGGUUUACGAAGAGGAGAGUUCCACAGAUGGCUUUGUUUCUGUUCUAUCAAUCGAGCCGGCCGAUAUUGGAGUGAAUCCAGCCCUAAUUCAUGUGCUGUACGGAAUGUCGAAGGAUUUCGCCGCGGCGGGUUUACGACUGGGAUGUUUGAUCAGCCAGAACCAGAGGUUCUUGCAGGCUGCAUUGUCCAUAAGUCGGUUCCAUUGGCCUUCGAAUAUAUCGUGUAGCAUUGCUACUAUCAUUCUCGAGGAUCACUAUUUCAUAAAGAACUUUUUCCAGCAAAGCCACCGAUUACUUCGUUCGCAUCGGGAUUUGGCGGCACAAGUCUUAGUAGAGGCGGAAAUCCCCUUUGCUCCAGGGGGGAUUGCGGGGUUUUUUCUGUGGAUUGACCUUUCUAGGUGUUUAGAUCCUACAAUUGUCGCUGAUCAAGAUGGCUGGGCCGCAGAAUCGGACCUAUCCCGCCGGUUAUUACAGAUUGGGGUGAAGAUGUCAUCAGGUUAUGCCUAUCAUAAUGAGGUUCCAGGCUGGUUCCGCAUCAUAUUCUCGGUGGAAGUGGAAACCCUGAAGGAGGGCUUGUCAAGGAUUGUCAAGUUCUAUCACAGCUCGGGUGGAUCAUCUUAG